CCAUUUUAGAACUCGUCUACCCCUCUUUAUAUAUAACAUAUUCAACAUAGUUGAAAAAUUGAUAGGUGAUCAAAAAUUUCUUCAAUCCUCAUACAUCUGGUAAAUCAAACUAUGUUGAUUCGCCAAAGAAUUGUUCGACAAACUUUGCUGGUGUUAUAUUUUCUUUUGAGUUAUGACGGAGUUCAAGGAGAAAUAAAGCUAUCCAAACUAGAGGAUUUAGAGAUGGAAAAGCAACUUAAACUUUUAAACAAGCCGGCGGUCAAAACAAUUAAGACGAAAUAUGGGGAUACAUACGAUUGUGUGGAUUUCUAUAAACAGCCUGCAUUUGACCAUCCGUUAUUAAGGAAUCGCAAUUUUCAUCCCAAGAUGAAACCUACGUUAGCUAGGACGUUGCAAAAUUCAAAUACCUCAGCGGCUAAUAAGUCGUUAAACAUAUGGUUAAAGGAAAACGGUUGCCCUUUUGGAACUGUUCCUAUUAAAAGAGUUACUAAAGAUGAUCUUAUCAGACAAAGACAUAUUCCACCGCCAGAAGGUUUCGCGUUUGAAUCCACAUUGAGUAAUAUUAACAAUAAUAGUGAGCCAACAAAAAGUUACAUGUCCUCGCGGGGAUACAAGCUUGCAACAGUUCAAAUUCCAUAUGAUCCAAAUAAUAAGUUUGCUGGAGCUGGAAUGUCAGCUACUUUAUGGAAUCCUCAUAUUGAAAGUCAACAACACACUGCAUGUCGAUUGAAAAUCCAGAAGGGGUCAGACAUUUUACAAGCUGGUUGGAGAGUGGAUCCAACACUAUACAGGGAUACUAAGACUAGAUCUUUUAUACAUUUUCAGGCUGGCAAUACACAUUGCUUCAAUACGUUGUGCCCUGGUUUUGUCAUAGUUAAUAGUAAGUUCCCCGUUGAUGUGAGUUUUGAUACAAUUCAACAACGUGGAGAUAAAAAAGUAUGGGAGAUCACAUUGUUCAUCGAACGGGAUCUAGCCAAUGGAAACUGGUGGCUUCUGUAUGACGUAAACAACGAACAAAUUGGUUUUUGGCCUCAAGAGAUUUUCACUAAGCUGACAAGCUUUGCUAAUAACGUGGAGUGGGGAGGAGUAGCGUAUAGUUCACCAAGUGUGUCUGAACCUCCGAUGGGAUCUAGUUGUUUUCCUGUUGGAGAUCCUGCUUAUGAUGCUUAUUGUAGGAGACUUAAUGUUUUAAACGAUAAAGGUCAGACAGUACAUAUAGACAAAACGAACGUACGCGUUACAGAUCCUAAUCACUAUGGUAUUAUGGAUGAACCACAUUGGAGAGGUGCAAAGUAUCAGCAUAUGGUAUUUUAUGGAGGGCCUGGUGGGUUCGAGACAUUAUGUUAAUUACUAUUAUGACAAUAUUUACUUUCCAUGUCCCAACAAAUAGUAUGAAGUUUUUGCUAGUCGCAAAUUCUGCAGGUCAC